AUGACUGAAGUCGUCGCCAAUGGCUCUAGCUCUGGCCCUGUCGCUCUCGAUUUUGCAGCCACCAGAUCAGCCUUAACUUCGUCCUCCACCGCCACGAGAAUAGCCCACCUGCGCACACUCGAGGAUAGGAUAUCUAAUACCGACACCGACUCAACCUGGGUUCGCAGGCUCGUCCAGCUGCUUUUCUGGACGCACGCCUUCUAUACCGACCGACCUUCCCGACUCGCCGUUCAGAAAUGCCUGUCUGCCCUUCUUGCCAGGGGCCUUGAGCCCGAGGUUCUCUCGGCCUUUGUGGCCGCUCUGCGUGCAGAGUCGCAGAAAUCUGGAAUCGCCGCGAGCAAUGCCUUUGUCCUGGUGGAGUGGUGCAGCCUGCUCAUGCAGCACCUUGGGAAGACGCCCGAAUGGGACAAGCUGGCAUCUCAGAUUCUGCUGAGCGAUGCUGAUGCUCUGGACAAGUGCCUGCAGCCCGCAGCAAAGGGUGGUAUGGCUCAUUCUGCCAUUAUUGUCACUCGCAGGGGAUUGCGCAAACUCUUUUCCACCCACCCGAACCCCGAGAAGGCCCUCAAGGACGCCGUGCAGCUGUUGACGACCAAGGCUGCCCAGCCGUCGGCGAAGAAUGCUCCUCUUCUCGGCAUCAUUGCCGGUGUCAGCUCAAGAAUGCCUACCGUGAAGGCAGCCCUCGAGUCCCAAAAGUCUCAAUACUUCACCUUCUACACAAGAGAAAUUAUUGGCUCACGGACGGCUCUGCCCAAGCACGUGGCGUCAGGCCUGCAGGAUUUCUUUUUCGACUUUGUCUCUCUCGAUGAGCUCACCAAGGAGGUGGUUCCACCUCUCGAGAAGGGUUUGCUCAGAGCCCCUGAGAUUGUCUUGAGCGACGUCCUGAUCCCCCUGAUCAACUCCCUUCCUAAAGGCUACGACCUUUCCCAAGUUUUGGUGGGUAACUUGCUGAAGCCCAUUCUUUCUAAUGUCAAGUCGAGCAAUGCUGUCACCCGCACUGGCGCAGUUAAGGCCUUCGGCGUCCUGGCUGCCCAGAGCCAAGAUGAAAAGGCCCUGGAGAAGGUCUCGGAAGAGAUUGUCGGGCCAGUCAAGGGCGGGAAACUGGCAUCGGCAGACCACAGGAUCCUCCAUUGUGAGAUGCUUGAGGCCAUCCCCCUUUCCAAGACCACCGCCGAUAAGAUUGCGACGGCGUUGGCGGCUGUCUCGGCCAAGGAAGGAAACGAAGCUGCACUCACUGUUGAAACAUCGGCACUCGCAAGAUCGACUGGCUAUCUGUUACAAAACGACGUUGAAGUAGCCAAGCCCAUUGUAGACGCAUGCGUGAAGGGCAUCUCUGACAAGAAGUUCCCAACUCGUCGUGUCUGGCUAUUGCGCCUCGGAGAGAUAUUCAACUCGGCUGCUGACUCUGGAAAUCUCUCUUCGGCCGCAGUCAAGUUUGCCGAAGCUGUUUUGCCCAAGCUUCUAGAUACUUACAAUGAGGUUGUCGCCAAUCCCUUGAUUGCUGCUCAAAACAACCUGACGGUCGGUGCCUUUAUCGUAACCACCCUCACCUCUUUGUCGCAACAAAGCAACGUGUCUUCGGUCGUCAAAUCAGCACUCGCCAAGGUCUCCGUCCCGGGUCAGUGCCUCGCACUCGAGCCCAAGCCUUCAUUCCUACUGAACCCUCGUAUCUACGGCAAGAUAACUGCGGAAGACGAGCUCAUUUGGUUCUCCCGAGCCCUGUCGGCUGCCGCAGAGCACCUGACCGAGAGUACCCCGAAGCCUGUCACCGUCGCCUGGGCUGAGGCCUUCACCUAUGCCAUCGUUGCCUCGGUAGCUACCCCCAGGGUCCGACAGGUCGCAACGGACAGCCUGUCCCGGGUGUACGCCACCCGACCGUCCCUUGUUUCCCAGGCCGUCGUUGACGGUAUUUGGCACUGGCUUGAGAGCUUGGAAUCCGGUGAUAAGGACAGCGCAGCAGUCCUGUCCAAGACCGACAAGGUCAACCUUCACUUGGUUCUCCGUGCGAUAUGCAUCAACCCCAAGAGUCUGCCCGAGCAGGAACAGCCUGCUAUACGAGAAGUCGUGGACAUCCAGCUUUGCUCGUUGCUCGUUCUCGCUCGGCAGGAACUCGUGCCUCGUGCCAGCUGGAUCGAACUUUGCUUGCGUGUGGAGAGAGAUCCAGGAGAACUGACACGUCAAACUGAGGGUGCCCUGCUCCAGGAGAUCUCGAACAGGACCUCCAUCGACCAAAAGUCGGAUCUUGUGAAGCAGGCUGCCUGCAAUGCCGCAGCUGAGCUGGCAUUUGUUGCCCCUGAAUCUAUAACCAGCAAGAUCGUCGACAUCAUUCGAAACGAUCUGGAGCCUGAGGAACUGCGAACCAUCGGCCCUGUGGAGGCUGCCAUUUUCCGAACCCCUGAAGGAACCGCUUUCGUGGACGUCCUUGCGAAGAAGGCACAGACAACUGUGCCUGACAAGAACAACAAGGACUACGAUAUCCUGAAGUGGGAAGCUGAGCUAAGAUCCCAGUUGGCCCAGAAAAAAGGUCAACAGAAGAAGCUCACGGCGGAGGAGACAGCCAAGGUCAAUGCCCAGCUCAAGAAGGAAGCCGGUAUACGAGAGCAGGUCCGUCGCAUCGAAGCAAGAUUACUGCGCGGCAUUGGCAUUAUUCGGAGUCUCGCAACUGGCCCUCCGACCGAAUCCUCUCUUUGGAUGGGACCCGCCGUCAAAGCGCUCCUGGACGUUAUCGAUGCUGGUGCUGGCCUUCUCACAGGCGAUGCUGCACCCCUUGCCUACUUGGCUUGCUCGGACCGAACCACCAGUCGUUUGGGUCCUAUGAGACCCUUUGUCGGAGUGGCGACCCUGCGUGCUAGAGGCGUUACUGCGCUUUCCGAAGAGUACAAACAGGAACCUGUUGAUGAGCUUGUGACUAGAGUGCUCUACCGGUUGCGUUUUGCCGGAGAGCAGCGCCCUUUCGACACCGUGUCUCUCAUCUACGUCCUUCCCCUGAUCUUCACUGUUCUUGAAAGCGGCGGCUUCGGCUCGUCCCCGGAUGACCGAGACGCACAACUUGUCCUUGCUAUCGAGUUCCUUUCCUUCCAUACGAAUACUUGCGAAGACCUGGCAACCCCUCGACUGGAGGUCAUGUCUUCCUUGAUUUUGUCCAUGCAACAGUACACUCAGCAUUACAAGAUCAUCAAGGACUGCUUUGCCGACAUGUGUCGGUGCGUUGCUCCCAACAUGACUCCUGAGGAAAUCGCGUCUCUAGCCAAGGGAGCCAUUGUCCCCCAAGUCAGCGUGAGAACUGCAGUACUGCAAGCCAUCAGCUCAGAAGUCGACAUGAGCGACUUUGACUUUUCCGAUGAGAUCUGGCUGGCAUGCCACGACGAUGUCGAGGAAAACGUGGAGCUUGGCCGCGAUAUUUGGGAGGAGAGCGGCUUCGCUCUAUCUGAGGAGGUUCCAGCCAGGAUGCUUCCUUAUUUGGACAGCGUUGAUGGCCAGCUCCGAAGGGCUGCGGCUCGAUCCUUAGCCGAGGCCUGCAGUGCGCACAAAUCCACUCUUGAGCCAACCUUGGAGUCUCUCAAGUCUUCAUAUACCGAGCUUGCCAAGCCUCGCGUUCCUCAGUUGGACGAGUAUGGCAUGCCCAAGAAGACUAAUCUGGCGGAUCCUUGGGAGUCGCGGCACGGCAUCGGAUCUGCCUUUAAGGAGCUGACUCCCCACAUGGCGAAGCAGCAGCUCGAUCCUUUCUUCGAGUUCCUCAUCGAGAACGGACCUCUGGGCGACCAGAAUGCAAACGUCCGGAGCGAGAUGCUGGAUGCGGCUAUCCGAGCUAUUGAUCUUCAUGGUAAGGGUAUGGUGGAGAAGUUGAUGAAGGUGUUUGAGCGCACGCUUGAGGGCCCGGACAAGAACACGGAGGCCUCAGACCGUGUCAACGAAGCCGUCAUCAUUAUGUACGGCGCACUCGCCCGCCAUCUGAACCCCGGCGACUCCAAACUCCCUGUUGUCAUUGACCGUCUGCUGGCAACCUUGAGCACUCCCUCAGAGACUGUGCAAUACGCCAUCGCUGAAUGUCUGCCGCCGUUGGUGCAGGCUUACGGAGACAAAUCAUCAAAGUACUUCUCACAGGUCCUCGAGACAUUGUUGACAUCCAAGAAGUACGCCGAGCAGCGAGGUGCUGCCUACGGUUUGGCCGGCCUCGUACAAGGCCGUGGCAUUUCAUCACUGAAGGAUCAGCGAAUCAUGAUGACACUCCGGGGUGCUAUGGAGAACAAGAAGGAAGCAAACCAGAGAGAGGCAGCACUCCUCGCAUACGAGCUUCUCUCCACCAUCCUGGGCCGCCUCUUUGAGCCGUACGUCAUUCAGAUCGUCCCACAGCUGCUUACUGGGUUUGGUGACAGCAACGCCAACGUCCGAGACUCAUGCCUGGCAGCUGCAAAGGCCUGCUUUGGUAAGCUGAGCUCGUACGGUGUCAAGAAGAUUCUUCCCACCUUGCUGAACGGUCUGGAUGACGACCAGUGGCGUAGUAAGAAGGGAGCCUGCGACCUUCUUGGAGCCAUGGCCUAUCUCGACCCUAAUCAGCUAGCCCAGAGCCUGCCGGAUAUCAUCCCGCCUCUCACAGGUGUUCUCAAUGACAGUCACAAGGAGGUUCGCUCUGCUGCCAACAAGAGUUUGAAGCGGUUCGGCGAGGUCAUCAACAACCCUGAAAUUAAGGGCCUCGUCGACAUCCUGCUGAAGGCGCUCAGCGACCCUACGAAGUACACGGACGAUGCCUUGGAUUCCCUGAUCAAGGUCCAAUUCGUGCACUAUCUGGACGCGCCCUCGUUGGCGCUGGUCACCAGAAUUCUGCAACGUGGUCUGGGCGACCGUUCCAAUACCAAGCGCAAGGCAGCACAAGUCAUCGGCAGUCUGGCCCAUCUCACCGAACGCAAGGAUCUUGUCUCGCACUUGCCGAUCCUCGUUGCAGGCCUCAAGCUGGCCAUCGUCGACCCAGUGCCUACGACUCGUGCCACGGCUUCCAGAGCCUUGGGAUCCCUGGUGGAGAAACUGGGAGAAGACGCACUGCCGGAUCUCAUUCCAGGACUUAUGCAAACACUCAAGGCAGACAACGGCGCUGGAGACCGUCUCGGCUCCGCACAAGCUCUCAGCGAGGUGCUCGCAGGCUUGGGUACUACCAGACUGGAAGAGACUCUCCCGACCAUUCUGCAGAACGUCGAGUCUACAAAGCCGGCGGUUCGCGAAGGCUUCAUGUCCCUCUUCAUUUUCCUUCCUGUCUGCUUUGGCAACAGCUUUGCAAACUAUUUGGGCAGAAUCAUCCCGCCCAUUUUGUCUGGUCUUGCUGAUGAUGUCGAAUCCAUCCGCGAGACCGCUCUUCGUGCCGGUCGUCUGCUCGUCAAGAACUUUGCCGUCCGCGCUGUCGACUUGUUGCUUCCCGAGCUCGAGCGUGGCUUGGCCGAUGACAGUUACCGUAUCCGACUCAGUUCAGUCGAACUUGUUGGUGACCUUCUCUUCAACCUCACGGGCAUUAGUGGCAAGACAGAGGACGGAGAGGAGGACGAGGAGAGUGCCCGGGAGGCCGGUGCUUCCCUCCGCGAAGCCCUCGGCGAAGAGAAGAGGAACAAGAUCCUGUCGGCUCUCUAUGUUUGCCGCUGCGACACUGCCAACGCGGUCCGAUCCGCUGCCAUCGCCGUGUGGAAGGCUUUGGUCUCGAGCCCUCGCAUUCUCAAGGAGUUGGUACCGACCCUUACUCAACUCAUCAUCCGGCGCCUGGGCAGCUCCAACAUGGAGCACAAGGUUAUUGCCAGCAAUGCUCUCGGCGAACUGAUCCGCAAAGCAGGAGAUGGCGUCCUGUCCACUCUGCUGCCGACUCUCGAGGAAGGUUUGCAAACAUCCACAGACACAGACGCGAAGCAGGGUAUCUGUCUUGCCCUCAAGGAGCUCAUUGCCUCGGCAUCGGAAGAAGCCCUGGAGGACCACGAGAAGACCCUCAUUUCCGUCGUCAGAACGGCACUCACCGACUCGGAUGCGGACGUCAGAGAGGCUGCCGCAGAAGCGUUCGACUCACUCCAACAGAUUUUGGGCAAAAAGGCGGUGGACCAAGUGCUCCCCUAUCUGCUCAACCUCCUCCGCUCCGACGAGAACGCCGACAAUGCCCUAUCGGCCCUCCUCACCCUCCUCACCGAGACGACUCGUUCCAACAUCAUCCUCCCCAACCUUAUCCCCACGCUUAUUACCCCUCCCAUCUCUGCCUUCAACGCCAAGGCUCUGGCAUCUUUGUCGAGGGUGGCCGGUGCUGCUAUGAACCGCCGGCUGCCGAAUAUCAUCAACUCUCUCAUGGACAACAUCAUCAACUGCGAGGACGAUGCUUUGAGAGAGGACCUUGAGAAGUCAUUCGAUACUGUCAUCUUGUCCAUUGACGAGUACGACGGACUCAAUACAGUCAUGAACGUUCUACUCCAACUCACAAAGCACGACGACCACCGCAGGCGCGCUGCCACUACCCGCCACCUGUGCAAGUUCUUCGCUGCCGGCGACGUGGACUACUCGCGCUACAACCAAGACAUUGUCCGGUCUCUUCUCAUCUCUUUUGAUGACAGAGACCCGGAUGUUGUCAAGGGAGCCUGGGCUGCGCUCAGCGAGUUCACCAAGAAGCUCAAGAAGGAGGAGAUGGAGGGCUUGGUCGUGUCGACCAGACAGACCUUGCAACAGGUUGGCGUUCCUGGUGCAAACUUGCCCGGUUUCGAGCUUCCCAAGGGCAUCAACGCUAUCCUGCCGAUUUUCCUACAAGGUCUCAUGAACGGCACUCCGGACCAGAGGACUCAGGCAGCUCUGGCCAUCUCCGACAUUGUCGACCGGACAAGCGAGGCUUCAUUGAAGCCAUUCGUCACACAGAUUACCGGUCCCCUCAUUCGUGUCGUUUCCGAGAGAUCUACAGACGUCAAGUCUGCUAUCUUGUUGACACUGAACAACCUCUUGGAGAAGAUGCCUGCCGCCCUGAAGCCGUUCUUGCCCCAGCUUCAACGCACUUUCGCCAAAUCUCUUGCAGACACAUCAAGCGAGGUGCUAAGAGCACGCGCAGCCAAGGCCUUGGGUACCCUCAUCAAGUACACGCCGCGUAUUGAUCCGCUGAUUGCCGAGCUCGUAACGGGCUCCAAGACGUCGGACCCUGGGGUCAAGACUGCUAUGCUCAGCGCGCUUUACGAGGUCAUUAGCAAGGCCGGUGCGAACAUGGGCGAGGCGUCGCGCGCUGCUGUCUUGGGUCUCAUUGACAUGGACACCGACGAAAGGGACGACGCCAUGACAAUCACGAACGCCAAGCUACUCGGAGCGCUGAUCAAGAACGUGCCCGAGGAAGCUGCCAACGGGCUGCUCAAGAACCGCGUGGUGACCAGCCACUGGAGCCACUCCUCGGCGCUGGCGCUAAACGCUGUUCUCGUCGAGUCUCCGCAAAGCCUCUUGGAAAGCCCCCUGGCAGACGACUUGCCCGAUAUCCUCAGCCAGGGCAUGUCGAACAAGAGCCCAUACAUCGCCGACAACGUCAUCUUGGCUACGGGCAAAUACCUUCUUUCGGAGUCGACCAAGACUUUUGAAACAAACAAGAAGAUAUUUGAGGCACUCGCCAACGUCAUUCAACCCGGAAACUCCGUCGACUCCCGCCGCCUAGCUUUGGUCAUCGUCCGAACAAUGAGCCGCGUAAACAUGGAAAUGGUGAGACCACAUCUUGCUGCGCUUGCGGGCCCGGUCUUUGCUAGUGUCAGAGACCCGGUUAUUCCUGUCAAACUGGCGGCGGAAGCAGCCUUUGUGGCUCUCUUCAAUGUGGUAGAUGACGAGACGAGAGUCUUUGACAAGUAUGUCGAGAGCGCCAACCUACCGCCAAACACCAAGAGGAGCAUGCAGGACUACUUCAAGCGCGUCACGAUGCGUCUUGGUGCGCAAGCGCGUGAGCGGAGAGAGGCAGAGGGUGGCCAGGGAGGUCUGGGUCUGUCAAACGAUGAGGCCGAGGACGAAAAGGAGAUUUGGAGCGUGGGCAAGGUUGAUGUGGGCGAAGACGUGUUUGGCAAGUAG